CUCAGUUCUCCCGUUUCGUGCCUUUCGAAGGCUGGGAGAAGAGCCCGUUGAGUGUGUAGGAGAGGAGGGAAACUGGAGCAGGAAACAUGAAAGUCCAGGACGAGGCAGCGCGAGAAUCUCUUCCGCAUCUUUCUGUGAGGAAUCGCAGGCGUUGUCUCUAGCUCCACGCCACCCCCCCCCCUCUUUGCGGCUUCUUCCCUCUCGUCGAAAAAACGCGUAGAUCUCGUCGUCUUCCUUGCCCGUGCUGGUGUGGAGGGACUCCGUUCUGAUUGCGGCGAUUCCGGCCUCCUUUUUCCUCGUUCCACUGCUUCUUGCUCUCUUUUUUUGUACUCCGUCGUCGGUUCCUUUCCAGCGCUGUGGUGUCUGGGCACUUUGCACUGUGGGAGGUUCCCUUCCCACCCUGUCUCUGAGCACAGUUUCUCUUUCUUCGCUGGCCUGUUUGUCUCUCUUUCUCCACGUCUUGCGUUCGAAGAAACUCUUUUGUUUUUCGGAGAAUUCUCUCAGACACUCCAGAACCCCCCUCGCCGUCUCCCAUUUCUUUCGCCGAAGCGCGUUUCCUCCGGUCUCUGUGCACCUUUUGGACAGGGGGAACGAGAAGAGGCUGCUUCUCGCGAUUUCUGCCGUUUCCAAGAUGCAGUCGAAAUUCUGGGCCGCAGCGAGCGAUGAAUCCGAGGACUCCGGAUUCUCCUCGUCGGAGUCCGAGGCCGAACAGGAACAACAAGUUCCGGCAGGCGAGGCGCGCCGUCCUGUCGUCGCCUCUCGCUGGGCGGCGGCAGACACGAGCAGCAGCGACGAUGAAGGCGGCCGCGUAGUCAAGUCUCUGAAGGAUCGCCGCUGGACUGCGAUGCGGGAGACGAUUCGUCAAAUGAGGAAUCACAUGAAAAUUGCAGAUUUCUCGGAACUCUACAAGGACUACGAAUCCUUGGUCCGCUGUCUGCAGAAGUCUCAGCAGAUCGUUGAGCAAGAGGGUCUGCCGAGCUUCUUCGUGCGCAUCAUCGUGGAACUCGAGCAGUUCCUGGAGGAGAGACAUCGCGACAAAGAGGCCUUCAAGAAGCUCUCGAAGGCGAAGGCCACUGCCUUCAACACUCUUCGCGCCAAAGUUCGUAAAACAAACGAACAGUGGCAGGAGAAAGUCGAUGCAUGCAAAGCCGACCCGUCCCAGUUCGCCUCCAGCGACAGCGACGACGACGAUGACUUCGAUUCGGACGACAGCAGCGAUUUGUCGGACAUUUCGGACUCGUCGGAGAGCGAGGAGAGUGACGAGGAGAAGCCGAAGCGUAAGGCGAUGAAUGAAGACGGCUCUGAGGACUCUGAAGACAGCGAGUGGUCGGACUCGGACGCGUCUUCCUUGUCUUCGGGUGAGGAGACGGACAAGCACAAGGCUGCGAUGGCGAAGUGGGGUCUGCGUUCCGAGGGCGACAAGUCUCGCAAGCAGAAGGAGAAGAAGAAGACCAAGCGGAUUUCCAAGACAAAGGACGAGGGGGCGUUGAGUCCGCGCGGCGAGGCCGGUGCCGAGUUCUCCAUCAAGGACAUGGAGAGCCUCUUCGACACGAACGACUUGGAUGCAAGUGUGAUUCGCAAGCGCGUCCAGCUGGUCGUCGAAAAACGAGGACGCCGGGGCGUGGACCGACUCGAGCAGACGCGCAUCCUGAAGCGCUUGGCGGAGCUCGCGGCGCGCGUAGGACCGCAGAGCGAGCUGGAGGUUCUGGCGCAUUUGAUUAGCGCGGAGUUCGACACGACGAGCGGUGUAUUUGCCUGUCUCAGCAGCGCCAUUUGGCUGGACGUCUUCCACCAACUCGAAGCUGUGCUUGGCCACCUCGAGGAAGGCGUGAAGAAGGCGAGAGCAGACGGAAAGGGAGCAGGCGGAACAGCCUACGUCCUGGUGCCGACUGUCCUCGCCUCCAGCGACGCGGUCGACGCUGCCCUCGUCGCCCCAGACGCCCAAGUUGUCUCCUCCGGCAUUCUCACGAGCUUCGUGGAGCGACUCGAUGAUGAACUCAUGAAGAGUCUGCAGUUCACGGACGUCCACUCUGAGGAGUACAAGGAAAGACUUGGCCAAAGCGUUGACAUGAUCGCCGUCCUCUGCCGCGCCUGGGUCCACCUCACCGACUGCCAGUCGAAGCCCCAAGCCGCCACCCUCGCACUUCGCAUUAACGAGCACAUGCACUACAAACAUGACGCCAUUGCCGCGAGCAUGUGGGAUCUAGUCCGCAAGCGCGUCCCUGCUGAGGUGGCGCAGCACCUCCCUGAUGAAGGCAUGAAGCCCUCGGACUUUGUGGAGAAACUCACAAACCUCGUGUUUGAAUCCGAGAGCUCACGGGAGCGCACCCGCGCCCUUCUGCACCUCGCGUACAGCCGGGCUCUUCAUGACGAUUUCUACAAGGCCAGAGACUUGCUUCACACGCCCAACAUGCAAGAGCUCGCGCUCCAGACAGACACGCAGACGCAGAUUCUGUACAAUCGCGACUUAGUUCAGUUGGGGCUCUGUGCCUUUCGCAACGGCCGCAUCAACGAAGCGCAUGCAUGUCUCUCGGAGGUGUGCCCGAAACACAAGGAACUUCUUGCACAGGGUUUGUCGAACUUGAAGAAUGUCGAGUGUACGCCUGAGCAAGAGAGAGCUGAGAAGCGGCGCCUCCUCCCCUACCACAUGCACAUCAGCAUGGAGCUCAUUGAAGGCGCCCACAACAUCUGCGCGAUGUUGAUUGAAGUUCCUCACAUGGCGCACGAUCCGUUUGAGCAUCGAAAGCGCCCGAUCAGCAAGCAUUUCCGGCGCAUGUUGGAGACGUACGACAAGCAGGCUUUUCUGGGACCUCCUGAGAAUGCCCGCGAAACAGUGAUGGCGGCGACGAAGGCGCUUCAGAAGGGAGACUGGAAGGAGUGCUGCCGCUUCAUCUUCAGUCUUGGCAUCUGGGAGAAGUUGAUGAACGCGACAGAAAUCCAGGAAAUGCUGAAACUGAAAGUCAAACAGGAGGCCAUGCGCACCUACAUCUUCACUUACUUGACGCUCUACGACUCCUUCUCCAUCUCUCAGUUGUGCGGCAUGUUCGAACUCCCGGAAAGUACCGUCCACUCCAUUGUCAGCAAGAUGAUGAUCAACGAGGAAAUCCAUGCAAGCUGGGACGAGAGCAGCCAGUUCAUUCUCAUCAGCCGGGUGGAGCGCACGCGCCUCCAACAGCUCGCUUCGACGCUGACAGAGAAUGUGAACAACGCCGUAGAGCAAAACGAGCUGACGUUGAACAUGAAGAAUCCGAAGUUCGCCCUCUCUCACGACCGUCGCUUCCAGAUGCGCGGCGACGGGCAGAGCGACAGAUUCGGCUGGGGCGGCCGAGAGCGCGAAGGGGACGGGGGCGCGGGAGGCCCGGGGGGCCGGCGCUUCGGGCGCGGCGGGCGCGGAGGCUUCGGACCCGGUCGGGGCGCAGGGCGAGGGCGCGGGGGGCGCGGUCGGGGCGGCCUUCGCGCCGGCUCUCGAGGUUGGAUGGGUGAACGCGAGGGCGGGAACUGGACUGGAGCCGGCGGAGAUCGAUGGAGUGCAAGGCAAAAGUAUUAAGCUGGGUGGCUGUUUCGUUUGCCUGGAAUUGAGAGACGGAGGCGAAAAUCUCAGGUGGGUGUGUCGUGCCAGUGUGCGGGUCCAUGUGGAGAUGUGGGCCUUACCAGAGGACCUACAGAGGCGUUGGGAGACGGGUGUAUGCAGUUUCUGUGGCUCCGUCGAGUGCCAUGUUUCGACCAGCUCUUUCGUGUAUGGAUGUGGGGUAACACUUAUACAUUUUGUAAACCCGGUGAGAGGGUUGGGGUGCCAGAGACAGGUGACUUUUGCAAAAAUGCGAGCGUCACCGCUUUUGAGACCGAAGGGUGGAAGCUUUCGUCUCGUGGUUUCCGGUGAAGCCGAGGUUGAAGUCACGUGUAUAUGUACAAGCAUGUACGCGUGGUCCUGCGUUCACACGUUUCGAUGUCGAAAUAUUUCUCUGUUUGUUUUCUAGAAACAUUUCUCAUUUGCAGCGUCUGACAACUGAGAGGUUGGAUUUCCUGCCUCAGCUUCUGGGGUUGCUCGAUGUCUCGCGCCAGACAGGGCGGUCUACGAAGUGUCACAUCAAAGCAGAGAUCACGUGUAAAUGUGCAUGCCCACAUUAGAGUUAUCAUGCAGCAUGCGGUGACCGGACGGCAUACUCUCUGGCUUCUUUGCGAAAGAGUGCAUUGCACCUUUUAUCCGGGAUUCUUUUGCUGUCUUGUCUUCUCUUGAGAAAGUGACGCGUCGGUCGUUUAAGCAAAUCGAAACAGACUUCGCCCUUUCUCUCUCAGUCCAUUUACUAGGGUUGACUCUCUGGAGCGGGACCGCAUCGGUUCUCUCUUUCCUGGACUCUCGCACCCUGUAAAAGAUUCUGUGCAUGGUGCCCUGUUUCGUGGCCUGCGUUCUUCAGCCGAGCGUUCUGUCUAAAUUGCUUUUUGCUCCAGACAGCUCACUUACCGCGAUCGAUUAGCCAGUGAUUGAAUAUGAACGCUGUGCGAUUUGCCCGGGAGCGCUCUCCUGCAGGUGCCAGGCUCUCUCGGACAAGAA